UUUUUCGUCGGCGUUUCAGGACCAUCUUAAAUGGGCUUUCAUUUAUUUAUGCCCAUUAACAUAACUUUUUUAUUUACUUAAGCCCAUUAACAUACGUGACCCCCUCCAUCAGUUCCAUAAUUUCAUCUCUUCGUCUCACAAAAGACGCAGUCAAAAAACCAUUCCGAAAGCUCUCCUCUCACUCCGAUGAGCUGUGCUGCGAUUGCUAGGAAACUAACGCGUACAACACAGCUGUUGAUUGUUCAACGUCAGUAUCUUUCACGUGCAGUGUCGAGAUCGUUUUCUAGCUCAUCUUUCCACAUUGUUUCCUUCUCCUCAGCAUUUCAUCGAACAGGUCUUGCGCAUUCUCAAAUCUUAAGCCAUGUCCCUUAUUUUGUCUACUACAAUCGCUUCUCCACCAAAACCAUCUUCGAAGAAUUUGAUAUCAACAACGAAGUGGCUCCUUUGGAGAAGGGUCUGAUUGAUUUAGUCAGACAGGUCUCUGAGCUAGAGUCGGAGUCGGAUGCCAUGGUUUCUCUGGAAGAGUCAACCUUUGAUCUAAAUAAUGGUUCUUUGUACGCUUUAAUCUGGGAAUUAAGAGAUGAAUGGAGGCUUGCCUUUCUAGCGUUUAAAUGGGGAGAGAGACGAGGCUGCGAUGAUCAGAAAGCUUGUGACUUGAUGAUCUGGGUGUUGGGUAAUCAUCAAAAGUUCAACAUAGCUUGGUGUUUGAUCCGUGACAUGUUUCAUGUCUCAAGGGAUACUAGAAAGGCCAUGUUUCUCAUGAUGGACAGGUAUGCUGCUGCUAAUGAUACAAGCCAAGCUAUUCGAACAUUCGAUAUCAUGGAUAAAUUUAAGCACGUUCCUGAUGAUGAAGCGUUUCAAGGACUGUUACAUGCCUUGUGUAGACAUGGGCACAUUGAAAAAGCUGAAGAAUUCAUGCUUGCAAGCAAAAAGCUCUUUCCUUUGGACGUUGAAGGAUUUAACGUGAUUCUUAAUGGUUGGUGUAACGUUUGGACUGAUGUGACUGAAGCCAAAAGGAUUUGGCGAGAGAUGGGAAACUACUGUAUCACGCCUAACGAGGACUCUUACAGUCACAUGAUCUCUUGCUUUUCCAAAGUUGGCAACCUUUUUGAUUCUCUUAGGCUCUACGAUGAGAUGAGGAAACGAGGGUUUACUCCCGGGGUUGAAGUUUAUAACUCUUUGGUUUAUGUGUUGACUUGCGAGAAUUGCUUUGGUGAAGCUGUGAAGCUUGUGGAGAAGAUGAAGGAGGAAGGUUUAAAGCCAGAUUCAGCCACUUACAAUGCGAUGAUACGGCCUCUUUGUGAGGAGGGAAAGGUUGAAGAAGCGAGGGAUUUAUUGGUGACGAUGAUAAGUGAGAAGCUAAGUCCUACAGUUGAUACGUUUCAUGCAUUCCUUGAAGGUGUGAAUUUCGAUCAAACUUUAGAGGUUUUAGGACAAAUGAAGACUUCUUGUUUAGGUCCUAAGGAAGACACCUUUCGCCUCAUUCUUGGAAGAUUGUUUAAGAAGAAGCAACCAGAGAAUGCUUUGAAGAUCUGGGCAGAGAUAGGUAGUUUUGAGGUAGCUGCUAAUGGUGCUCUUUACUUGGCCACAGUACAAGGGCUUUUGGCAUGUGGGUGGCUGGAGAAGGCCAGAGAGAUGUAUUUAGAUAUGGAAGCAAAAGGAUUCCCUGGUAGUCCUAAGCUCCAGAAACUUCUUAAGGAACAGAAGGUGAAGGGGGUUAGAAAAACCAAGAGGAAAGAUCUUCAAAAAGUUGGUUCUCGAGGAGGCUAUAGAGGUCAACGAUCAGUAGUAUACAAAAAUGUAUCUGAUAGGGGUAAGACUUGAGAUCAAACGAUCACUCAAGUAAAGUUGAUUCUCAGACCUCGUGGUCUCAGCUCCUCAGAAUGUGACGCAUGCAAUGUGUUCUAGCUCGUCUGUUCCAUUUGGUUUGUAUGCAGUCUUCCAAUUACCAUAUUGGUGAUCAUACCUUUGCUUAGCCUAAUAAUAUCAAUCAAACUGCAGGGCUAAACAUUUGCAACCAUGCUGAUUCAGGACCGGAUUACAUGAAGAUGUUAUUAACAAUUCUUAUUCUUGACUGUUCUUGGCACACACGUCCACACAUCCUCCAAGUUCAAGUAGAGUAAAUUUAAGUUCAACGUGUUGUGAUAUGAACCAGACAAUUCAAGAGGCAGAUGCUGAGCUCACUUUGUUUCAAAAGCAAGAUUUUUAGGACUCUCCUUGUCCAGCUUGUCUUUUUCUGUGUUCUUUUGUCCUUAGUUUUGUUCAUAACUCAUCUGUCUCAUUUAGUUACUCAUGAACCGUGAUGAUUGAUAUUGCUUGGAUUCUUUUUGAGUGUUGCAAUUGUUAUGCCACAUUUCAAGCUACCAUCAAAGAAAAAGUUAUGGGUCCCUUGCUU